AAUAUUGUGUUAUCUUUUUGAAUCAUGAGCCAUAAGCAUUGUCAUUUAUGAGUAAUAAUAAAUUUCAUUUAAAAACUUGAUUAUGAGAAAAUUCACACAUACUCAAAGGUGGAGAGGUAAAACAAUGAAUCACUUUGUGUCUGUCACUCAACUAUAAUAAUCAUCAAUUGUGCUGAAUCUCAUCAUCUGCACCUGUACCCACUUCCCAUAAUUCUAUGGUCCUGUCCUAUGACACAUCCUUAAUACAUUUUUGCUUUUUUUAAUAUUGUAAAGAGAUGCUUAUUUCAUUUGGUGCCCAAUUUGAGCAUAAAUAUUCAUAUUCUUUCUUGGGAAUGGGAAAGAGUUCCAUGAGGACUUUUUAAAAAAAUUUUAUCUUGCUCCUGUUUCCUUUUUCAUUCAUUCUUUUUUUUUUAACUGAAGUAUAGUUAGUUUACAGUGUUUGCUCAUGACCCUUUUUAAUGCCAGCCUCCAGCUCCACCUUGUGUUUCUGUCCCCACAUGCCCAUCCCCAGGCAACCAAGAAUCUAAUUUCUAGCUCUGUAGAUUAUUUUGAAUUUUCUAGAAUUUUACAUAUAUAGAUUUGCACAGUGUGUACUGUUUAAAGUCAGCUUCUUUCACUUAGUAUAACUGUUUUGAGAGUCAUCCACAUUGUUGCAUGUAUCGGUGGCUCAGUCCUUGUAUUGUGGAAUGUUAUUCCAUUAUAUAGAUUAUAUGCCACAGUAUUUUAUUCAUUCACUCUUGAUGGGCAUUUGAGUUGUUUGAAGCUUGGGGCUAUUACGGAUAAAGUUGCUAAGAAUAUUCAUAGGCAAAUGUUUGUAUGGACAUAGACUUUCAUUUUUCUAGAGUAAAUACCUAAAAGAAGAAUAGCUAGAUCAUAUACUAGCCACAUGUUUAAAGUUUUAAGAAAAACUGCUGAACUGCUUUCCAAACUUGUGCCCGUUUACAUUCCCACCAGCAGAGUAUGAGAGUUCCAGUUGCUCCAUAUCCCUGAAGCACUUGAUAUGGUCAGCCUUUUUAGUUUUGGCUGUCCUAAUAGAUGAGCAACAGUAUCUCAUUGUGGUUUUAUUUUAUUUAUUUUUUUUAAUUGAAGUAUAGUCAGUUUACCGUGUUUUGUCAAUUUCUGGUGUACAGCAUAAUGUUUCAGUCAUACAUAUCCAUACAUACAUUUGUUUUCAUAUUCGUUUUCAUUAUAGGUUACUGCAAGAUAUUGAAUAUAGGUCCCUGUGCUAUACAGAAGAAACUUAUUGUGUAUCUAUUUUAUGUAUAUUAGUUAAUAUUUGCAAAUCUCAAACUCAUGAGGAUUUUAAAGUAUUUUCAUUUAACUACAAUUAUUGAAAAAAUUGCAAAGAAUAAGAUAACUGCAUUCUGUUUUUUUUUUUUACUUUGCAUGUUUACUUCUUUUUACUUUUAAAUUUUAGUUAUAUGCAUUUGGUGACAAACAUCUUCAGUAAAUUCAUAAUCUAAUGAUUUUUUGCAGAACAUUGAGUAAUACAGUAAGGAAAAAAUGGAUGAAGAGCCUGAAAGAACUAAGCGAUGGGAAGGAGGCUAUGAAAGAACAUGGGAGAUUCUUAAAGAAGAUGAAUCAGGAUCACUUAAAGCUACAAUAGAAGACAUUCUCUUCAAAGCAAAGAGAAAAAGGGUAUUUGAGCACCAUGGACAAGUUCGACUUGGAAUGAUGCGCCAUCUUUAUGUGGUAGUAGAUGGAUCAAGAACAAUGGAAGACCAAGAUUUAAAGCCAAAUAGACUGACAUGUACUUUAAAGUUGCUGGAAUACUUCGUAGAGGAAUAUUUUGAUCAAAAUCCUAUUAGUCAGAUUGGAAUCAUUGUAACAAAGGGUAAAAGAGCUGAAAAACUGACGGAACUCUCAGGAAACCCGAGGAAACAUACAACAUCUCUGAAGAAAGCUGUAGACAUGACUUGCCAUGGAGAACCAUCUCUUUAUAACUCCUUAAACAUGGCUAUGCAAACUCUAAAACACAUGCCCGGACAUACAAGUAGAGAAGUCCUAAUCAUCUUCAGCAGCCUCACAACUUGUGAUCCAUCUAAUAUCUAUGAUCUAAUCAAGACCCUAAAGGCGGCUAAAAUUAGAGUGUCUGUUAUUGGAUUGUCUGCCGAGGUUCGGGUUUGCACCAUACUUGCUCGUGAAACUGGUGGCACAUACCAUGUUAUUUUAGAUGAAAGCCAUUACAAAGAAUUGCUAACACACCAUGUUAGUCCCCCUCCUGCUAGCUCAAGUUCUGAAUGCUCACUUAUUCGUAUGGGAUUUCCUCAGCAUACCAUUGCUUCUCUGUCUGAUCAAGAUGCAAAACCCUCUUUCAGCAUGGCGCAUCUGGAUAGCAACACUGAGCCAGGACUCACCUUAGGAGGCUAUUUCUGCCCACAAUGUCGGGCAAAGUACUGUGAGCUUCCUGUUGAAUGUAAAAUCUGUGGUCUUACGUUGGUGUCUGCACCCCAUUUGGCACGGUCUUACCAUCAUUUAUUUCCUUUGGAUGCCUUUCAAGAAAUUCCCUUAGAAGAACAUAAUGGAGAGAGAUUUUGUUAUGGCUGUCAGGGGGAAUUGAAAGACCAACAUGUCUAUGUUUGCACCGUGUGCCAAAAUGUUUUCUGUGUGGACUGUGACGUUUUUGUUCAUGACUCUCUCCAUUGUUGUCCUGGCUGUAUUCAUAAGAUUCCAACUCCUUCAGGUAUUUGAUUCCAGCAUAUAGUACACACUGAAUGUGUUAAAAAGAAGUUUGCAAUUGUAAAUACAAUGAUUCUUUAGAAGAAACUCCAAUUAAAAUAUGAAGAACAAUUCGAAAGGAAAGUCUGAUUUAAGAGCCCUCUUGCUUUAAAGCUCCCUCUGUAAUGAUUGGUAAAGUAUUGACUUAAUGGGGUCUAUCUAAUACUACCAUUUUGGUGGUUUAGUGUCUGACUUACAUUAUAGUUCAGGUUAAUGAACUAUCUCUGUUAGUCUCACUCAAGUUCAUACCCUGGGACUAUUUAACUUAAUCCUCUUCAACUUUCCUACCCUGGGUAAUUGGAAAAAUGUAAGUGAGAAUGUAUGAUGAGUUCUGUGUUUCAGAUUCAAUGAAGAUGUACCAUUAUAGGCAGAACUCUUUUUAGGGUAAACCCUUUUGGGAGUAAAUUGGUUUUCCAUAGCAAAGGUAUGUUUAUUUUCAAUCUACAAACUUUAAUCACUAGAUUGAGUUUCACUAUGAUAUUCAUGAUUUUAUAAAUAACAAUUAUUAGUGAAGAACAUUAUCAGGAAGGAAUGUAAUCCUACCCCAGAGAGUCUAUUCACUAAUCUUGGAGGGAGCCCAGGAAUAUGCAUUUUUAACAGCACAUGUGUGCACACAUACACUAAGAUAUAAUUUGACCAAAGUACAGAUCUUUCUCCCAGGAGUCAUACUUUCUGCACCUAGACUCAAAUAGUUCUUUGCGAGUAAACAGAUUUCAGCCCUAGGUAACCAGGUUAACUGCUGUCUUCCUUCCUUCUGCUCUGUCAGCAAGAGGUAUCUGUGGUUUAUAGGAGAUGCCUUUAACAUAAUCAGAGUAUUGUGUCUCCCCCUACCUGACUUUAUAUCUAAAAUAUAUAAAGAAUUCUUGCAAUUCAAUAAUGAAAAGGUAAAUAACCCAAUUAAUCUUAUUUUUAUUCUUCUAAUUGGCCUGAACUGUUUCUUCUCUAUCCCUUAUCAGGACAGAUAAUCUUUCACUUUUAGGUGUCAGGCUUUCCUGGAAUUUAGUCCUUUUAGGGGAUAAUUCAUUUUAGAUUUAAUUCAUUUUAGAUUUUAGAUUUUUGACUCUUUAGAGGAAGAGGGAUCUUUUAAGGAUCUCUGUGAUCAGUGAUUCUAAGGAUGGUAUCUGGACCAGUAGCAUCAGUAGCACCCGGGAACUCAUCAGAAAUGCAAAUUCUUGGGCCCCGUCACAGACCUAUUGAAUCAGAAACUCUGGGGAUGGGCCUAGUAAUCUGUUUUAACAAGUCCUCUAAGUGACUGUGAUGAAUGCUAAAGUAUGAGAACCACUGCCUCUAAUCAUAUGACAGAGGUACAUAGGUUACUUUAAAACAGGUCCUGGUAAUAAAGUUCUACAGAACUUAAAAAAAAAAAAAUUAACUCAGGUAGCUUUGCAGAGAACAGAUCCCAGAUAUAGAAUGGCUUAUUCAGUUCUUUAGAGUCUCUUUAAACAUAGUGUAUUUGUCUGUGUAGUUAGAAAUUUUUAAAAAUCAAAUUUGAGUUAUUAACAUACAAUAAAAUGCUCACAUUUUAAGUGGGCAGUUUGAAGCCUUUUGACAAAUAAAUACAUGCAACAACAACCAUAAUCGAGAGAGCAUUUUCAUCUCGCCCAGUAGGCCCCUUUACAGUCAGUACUCCCUAAGACUUCUAGCGCCAGGUACCACCGAUCUGUUUUCUAUCACUGUAGAUUAGUUUUUCCUGUCAUACAAUUUCUUACAAAUUGAGUUAUGUAGUAUAUAUGUACAUAUAUAUAAUUUUUCUUUUGCUUAGCAUAUUUUUAAGAUUCAUUCAUGUUGUGUAUAUAAAUAAUUUGUUCCUGGGGGGUGAGAGCAUAACUCAGUGGUAGAGUGCAUGCCUAACGUGCACAAGGUCCUGGGUUCAAUCCCCAGUACCUCCAUUAAAGAUAAAUUUUUAAAACCUAAUUAUCUCCCCCCAAAUAAAAAUAAAUAAAUUGAUUUAAUUUAAUUUUUAAAAAUGUGUUCCUUUUUACUAUCUACCAGUAUUCUAUUGCAUGGAUACUUUAUUUACCAUUUGGAAAUUAAGGUUGUUUCUGGUUUUUCUGGUUAUUAUGAAUAAAGCUACUGUGAACAUUCCUGUAUAAGA